AGCCGUGUGCUUCCGCGGGCUGUGGAGUCGCCGGGGUCUCGUGGCGGGGCGGCUGCUUCACCCGCUCCCUGCUUCCCCUGUAGGGACUCGCGGCCCCCGGCGGGCCGUGUCCAGUCAGAGACCGGGCCGCGCAGGUUAAGACUGAAGGUCAUCAUGUCUGGCAUCAAGCGAACAAUCAAAGAAACCGACCCCGAUUAUGAGGAUGUAUCUGUGGCUCUUCCAAAUAAGCGGCAUAAAGCAAUUGAGAAUUCAGCUCGAGAUGCUGCUGUGCAGAAGAUUGAGACUAUUAUCAAAGAACAGUUUGCUCUUGAGAUGAAGAAUAAAGAACAUGAGAUUGAAGUUAUUGACCAGCGGCUGAUUGAAGCGCGGAGGAUGAUGGAUAAACUUCGAGCCUGCAUUGUAGCAAAUUACUAUGCUUCUGCGGGUCUUCUGAAAGUUUCUGAGGGAGCCAAGACAUGUGAUACAAUGGUUUUUAAUCAUCCUGCUAUCAAGAAAUUUUUGGAAUCACCAUCUAGGUCAUCAUCCCCUACCAAUCAGAGAUCAGAAACACCAUCGGCUAAUCAUUCAGAAAGUGAUUCUUUAUCACAACACAAUGACUUCUUAUCUGACAAAGAUAAUAACAGCACUAUGGAUAUGGAGGAGAGACUCUCAAACAGCUUGGAGCAGAGGCCACGCCGAAAUGCUGGAAGGGAUACUUCCAGUGUUACUGGUUCCCGUAAAACAGAGCAGCGGGACACUGAUCUCACAGGAGAUGAGACUUCACGGCUUUUUGUGAAGAAAACCAUAGUAGUAGGCAAUGUGUCCAAGUAUAUCCCGCCAGAUAAGAGAGAAGAAAAUGACCAGUCAACCCAUAAGUGGAUGGUGUAUGUGCGAGGGUCUCGCCGUGAACCCAGCAUUAAUCAUUUUGUCAAAAAAGUGUGGUUCUUCCUUCAUCCCAGCUAUAAACCAAACGACCUUGUGGAAGUUAGAGAGCCUCCUUUUCACCUGACCAGAAGAGGCUGGGGUGAGUUUCCCGUCAGAGUCCAAGUACACUUUAAGGACAGCCAGAACAAGCGGAUAGACAUCAUACACAACCUGAAGCUGGAUAGGACGUACACUGGCUUGCAGACGCUUGGCGCAGAGACGGUAGUGGAUGUCGAGCUCCAUCGGCACUCUCUCGGAGAAGACUGCGUUUACCCUCAGUCCUCUGAGUCAGACGUCUCUGACGCCCCUCCGUCUUUACCUUUGACCAUUCCAGCCCCCGUGAAGGCUUCUUCUCCAAUAAAGCAGUCCCUCGAGCCGGGUCCCGACGCGGCUGGGGAGAAAGGAUUCCCAGCCAGCACUGAAGCUGAGAGACACACUACAUUUUAUUCUUUGCCAUCUUCGUUGGAAAGAACACCCACAAAAGUGACAGCAUCCCAGAAAGUUACCUUUUGUUCUCAUGGCAAUUCAGCUUUCCAGCCAAUAGCAUCAAGCUGCAAAAUUGUACCACAAAGUCAGAUUCCUAAUCCUGAGUCACCUGGAAAAUCUUUCCAGCCCAUUACCAUGAGCUGCAAGAUUGUCUCAGGUUCCCCAAUAUCAACUCCAAGUCCAUCACCAUUGCCUAGAACCCCAACUUCCACUCCAGUCCAUGUGAAACAGGGCACUGCCAGCUCGGUUAUAAACAAUCCUUAUGUUAUUGUGGAUAAGCCCGGGCAGGUUGUUGGAGCCUCCACAGCAAGUACAGGAAGUCCGACAAACAAGCUUUCCACGGCUUCUCAGGUCUCCCAAGGAACAGGUUCCCCUGUUCCUAAAAUUCACGGAAGUAGUUUCGUAACGUCUGCUGUCAAGCAGGAGGAUUCUUUGUUUGCAUCAAUGCCACCUCUUUGCCCAAUUGGGAGUCACCCUAAGGUUCAGAGCCCCAAACCUAUAACUGGAGGACUGGGAGCUUUCACAAAGGUGAUCAUCAAACAGGAACCUGGUGAAGCCCCUCACGUGCCCACAACAGGAGCUGCUGGUCAGUCACCACUUCCUCAGUAUGUGACUGUGAAAGGCGGUCACAUGAUAACUGUAUCCCCUCAGAAACAAGUCAUAACUACUGCAGAAGGGACUGCCCAGUCACCAAAGAUUCAGCCCUCCAAGGUGGUCGGGGUGCCAGUCGGGGCUGCCUUACCUUCCUCCGUGAAGCAGGCGGUGGCAAUCGGUGGCGGCCAGAUCCUUGUCGCCAAGGCCAGCUCUUCUGUGGCCAAAGCAGUCGGUCCGAAGCAAGUGAUGACCCAAGGAGUCGCCAAGGCAAUCGUGAGCGGAGGAGGGGGCACCAUCGUGGCACAGCCAGUGCAGACCCUGAGCAAGGCGCAGGUCGCAGCCUCCGGUCCCCAGAAGAGCGGACCCCAAGGCUCAGUAAUGGCAACGUUGCAGCUACCAGCCACUAAUUUAGCCAACCUGGCAAAUUUGCCCCCAGGCACAAAACUGUACCUUACCACUAAUAGCAAGAAUCCUUCCGGAAAGGGGAAGCUGCUGCUGAUCCCACAGGGAGCCAUCCUGCGAGCGACCAACAGUGCCAGCCUGCAGUCGAGCUCAGCCACGGCCAGUGCUGGUGGUGCAGGUGGAGGUGGUGGAGGAGGUGGCAGCAGUGGAGGAGCAGCAGGAGGAACCCAGAGCACUACCGGCCUUGGAGGGAUCUCCCAGCACCUGACUUACACAUCCUACAUCCUCAAGCAGACUCCCCAGGGCACAUUUUUAGUUGGCCAGCCCUCACCCCAGACGUCUGGAAAACAGCUAGCUGCUGGAUCAGUGGUCCAAGGAACACUGGGAGUGGGCUCCUCUUCUGCACAAGGGCAGCAGACAUUGAAAGUUAUCUCUGGACAGAAAACCACUUUGUUUACACAGGCAGCUCCCGGGGGGCAGGCGUCACUAAUGAAAAUAUCCGACAGCACCCUGAAGUCUGUGCCGGCCACCUCACAACUCUCAAAGCCUGGCACCACGAUGGUGCGCGUGGCAGGAGGUGUCAUUACAACCGCUGCUCCCCCCACCAUGGCCCUUUCUGCAAACGGGCCUGCACAGCAGCAGUCGGAAGGAACAGUGCCCAGCUCCUCAGCCGCUGCCGGCUCUGCGAUGAAAACUGUGGGGCAGACCCAGGUGUGUGUGAGCCAGGCCGCCGUGGGAACCUGCAAGGCCGCGGCUCCCGCUGUGGUCAGCACUGCAUCCCUGGUGUCCGCCCCGAGCCCUGUCUCUGGGAAGGCCACCAUGUCAGGUUUGCUGAAAAUUCACUCCAGUCAGUCCAGCCCACAGCAAGCAGUCUUGACGAUUCCCAGCCAGCUCAAGCCUCUCAGCGUGAACACCUCCGGCGGGGUGCAGACCAUCCUAAUGCCUGUGAACAAAGUGGUUCAGUCAUUUUCUGCCAGCAAAUCUCCCACCAUUCUGCCUGUGGCUUCCCCAGCUCCAGCUGUGCCCAGCUCUGCUCCAACAGCUGUUACCAAAGUGAAAACUGAACCGGAAGCCCCUGCACCCAGCUGCCUGUCGCAGGAGGUCCAGACAGCGGUGAAAACAGAAGAAAGUUCGGAGCUGGGCAGCUAUGUCAUUAAGAUAGAGCACUUGGAGACGAUUCAGCAACUCUUAACGGCAGUGGUAAAGAAGAUUCCAUUAAUCACUGCAAAAAGUGAAGACACCAGCUGCUUCUCCGCCAAGUCCGUGGAGCAGUAUUACAGCUGGAACAUCGGGAAGAGGAGAGCGGCCGAGUGGCAGAGAGCAAUGACCAUGCGAAAAGUUUUACAAGAAAUCCUGGAGAAGAAUCCACGGUUUCACCACCUGACACCCCUGAAGACCAAGCACAUUGCACACUGGUGCCGCUGCCACGGCUACACACCCCCGGACCCAGAGAGCCUGCGGAGCGAGGGCGACUCCAUCGAGGACGUGCUGACCCAGAUCGAUAGUGAGCCGGAGUGCCCGUCAUCCUUCUCCUCUGCUGAUAACCUCUGCCGGAAGCUGGAGGACCUGCAGCAGUUCCAGAAACGAGAACCGGAAAACGAGGAGGAAGUGGACAUCCUCAGCCUCUCGGAGCCGCUGAAGAUAAACAUCAAAAAAGAGCAGGAAGAGAAGCAGGAAGAAAUGAAGUUUUACCUGCCGCCCACCCCGGGCUCUGAGUUCAUUGGCGACAUCACACAGAAGAUUGGGAUCACGCUGCAGCCCGUGGCACUGCACCGGCACGUGUAUGCCUCAGUGGUGGAGGACAUGAUCCUCAAGGCCACAGAGCAGCUGGUGAGCGACAUCCUGCGACAGGCACUGGCCGUUGGGUACCAGACAGUGUCGCACAACAGGAUUCCCAAAGAAAUCACAGUGAGUAACAUCCACCAGGCCAUCUGCAACAUUCCCUUCCUGGACUUCCUCACCAACAAACACAUGGGGGUACUGAGUGUGGACCCAUAAGCACCAUCGCGCUGGGCAGGCGGACUGUUGUGACUGCUGUUUGGAGAGUGGCCACCAGACACUGCUUUUGCCUGCCUGACUGUACUGCAGUGUCCACUCCAAGUGAUACCAGUUAGGACAGAAGUCUGACGUCCUCCUUGCGGCAGGUUUGGAGCAGCCAAGCUGCAGGCCUGACUCCUCGGGACAGAAACAAGUCAGGCAUGGGGUCGCCAAGAGGCAGGCGGGGCUCCACAUUCAGCAAGGACCCUGCAGAAUUUCGCAUCAGGGAGCACAGUGCAGCCAUGAGGAACCAGGAUCGGGAUGAGCACUGAGCAGCAGCCGGGAAGGACUGGCCGAGCCGGGAGCCUGAGCCUCAGGAGCCGGCAGCAGCCUCUGGCCUGGCCUGCAGACUCCCAUGGGCUCCAAGCAGCUCACCAGCCCUCCAGGCUGUCUGUGCUGUCCUCCUGCCAGUUUCCCCAGGAGGAAACACCUGCGAGUGCCUUUAAGUCUGGAGGAGCUGCUCACCCAGUGCGGGCCUAAGCAGAGAGUGGGGUCAGCAGGAGCUGCAACAGGGAAGACAACGGGAGACGCUGCUCGGGCCCCUGACCUGCCUAUGCCAGGGCUGCGCUGCUCCUGUCCUGCCCAGUGAAUAAUAUUUGCAGCCUGUAAGCAGAGCCAGAGAAACGAACGCAAGCAGCAAGAUCCCAAUUCCACGGGACCCUAGGUGUCUGCUGGAAAUGAAGCCAGGUGGCGGAGUGGGAUCUGCCGCAUGCAGGAUGUGAAUACGGAGAAUCCUUUACAGCGGGGCGCAGGCCUCAGGGUCACUGCUGGGCCAGCGGAGCAGCUCAGUGGGUCCUCCUCAGCAAAAGGGCACAGGCUGCAAGAUCGGGAGACAGACGCCUGGAUAUAGGUGUGAGAGCCUAAGGAUGUUUUUUUGUGUGGGUUUUUUUUUUUUUUUUUUUUUGGGUGCCGGGGAUUGAACUCACGAUUUGGAGUUUGCCAAGCAGGCCUUGUGCCACUGAGCUAAACCCUUGGCCCUGGAUAUUUUCUUUUGUUUUGUUUUGUUUUUAUCGGUACCAGGGAUCGAACUCACGACUGCCUGCUUGCAAGGCAGGCGCUUAUGCCACUGAGCUAAAUCCCCAGCCCUUACGUUUUCUUUUUGAGAAAGAAAUAGUAAAUGAUUUUAAGCCGCUUGUGCUAAUGGAUCAGCACAUCUGCAGUAAGCCUUAGCAUUGGCGGUGGGCUGUGAUGCGCUACAGGCUGAGAGUUGAAUUCCUCUGCUUUCCAAAAAGAACUUGCAGCCCUAUAAAACAAUGGACUGCAGUUACAUGAAGGUCUAAACUUUGGGGGACACCUGUUGAGCAGCAGGGACAUUCUUUCUGACAGCUUCGCCCUUAAAUGAGCCCAGUGUUUCCUCCAAAAAGAGCAGAGGGAGGCAGCUCCUGAGGUCCUGCCGAGAGAGGUCACUUUGUCCGGCAGUGGGGUGCAGUGGGCUGAAAGAGGCCUCAAUGCCCAGGAGCCUCAUGCCGAGAGGCUGUUCAGACGCACAGGUGUCAGCACAGCUGGGAAGCCUGGGCAAGAAGAGGGAGAGGAUGCUUCCUGCCACCCACGCGCAGUGCAGACAGCCACAGGGCAGAGCUGAGAAGCCCUGGAGGCUGCAGGGAGGCGGGGAGACGAGGUGGGGGGGGUCGUCUUGAAGCAGCUCUUCAGGAAUCCUGGCAUCCUGUGGGCACUCACUGGUGCAGGACUGGGGGCUUCACUGCAUGUGCAGUGAGGCUCCCUCAUGUGCCACGCUUUGCUCUGAUACAGUUACCCACCAGGCUGAAUUGCUUUCCCUUUCUAAAAGCUUUUCCUUCCGAGAAUUAAUACAAAAAUGCUGAUUCUAUAGAAAUGUUGGCGAGCAUAAUAAAGGUGGGAAGCCAUCCA